AGGCGAGUGGCAUGGAGAAGUCAUGGUGCACUUGUUCGGUUCAUUGACCCGUAAAGAACGAAUUCGGUUUUGGAAAGAUGUGAUGCGGCUCACGAUGACCAGACAUGAGAACAUUGCUUUGUUUAUGGGGGCUUGCGCAGAACCACCAAACUUUGCCAUCGUUACAAGGUGGAAUUCCACACGGAUCCCAUUCUACCGCUCGCAGUCAGGCGGUGCUGCGGCCGAGAAGCCUAUCCCACUCAAGAUUGGCCGAAAAUUCGGGACGCUUGUCGGUCCGACACCAAGCCGAGAUCUGAUUGGUCGAAGGUCUGGAUCCAGUAUUGGCCGAAUUCCGGUUGCCAAUGCCGCAUCCAGAACGCGUCAGAAUUUCCGGAAAGUUUUUACCGCCUACGCUAUAUAUAUGAAUGCCUGCAAUGGUAUAUCCUUGUACAAAAUGCUGCAUGUUCAGCAUGAGAAAAUCCCGAGAAGAUUCCCUUUUCAAAUUCUUCGUCAAGUUAUCCACGCAAUGGAAUAUUUGCACUCACGGAACAGGCCAAUAAUCAUCCGACAUCUGACAAGUCGGAACAUUUUUCUUCAACCCAAAGUUGUGCUCUCACUAACGGACUACGCGUCAAUGGAGUGUCCUUACCAGACCUGUGUUCCAAUUUCGCCUGACUGCGUGAGGUAUGUCGCCCCGGAGCUCUUCCGCCACCAUUUGUUUAGCAAACGAGAAUUCUACAAAAACGUUUCCAAACGAAUAAACCGUCCUCAAACUGAAUUGUUCCUAAGUCGUCCUCAGCAAAGGCGGCAUCCAACCUCUGGUCGGGGAUACUUGGAAGAGAGCUUGAGCGAGUCGGAGUCCCCGACACACGGUCCCACUCAUCCGGAGAUUCGAGAAAAGCGGUUGUCAUUGUCAAAGCCACCAAGCGCGGAAGAUAAGAAUGUCGGAAGUCAAACAAGUCUGAAUCAAGUCGCUGAAAGUUUGAGGCCUCAACAGUGUCCCAAUAACCGCCCGAAGAAAAAACGCUUUACGUGGAACGGCACAUUCUAUUUCCGCGACAGCGCUUUCAAUGAGACUACAGAUAUUUAUGCUUUCGGGUACGAGGGCUUGAAUAAUGUCAGCCUUAGCUCAAGGCAGCGGUGUUUGACUGGAAAUGCUAAUACAUUACCAUUUCUACGGAUCAAGUCGCCACAUGUUCCAACCCCCAACCUGGAGGGCCAGGAGACUGUGUUCGUCAGACCUCUAACCAUCGACCAACCUGGUGUGAGAGUCUCUGUGAGUGUCACGGGGACACUUCCCCAUAUAGCUCAAUGGAUCGCUGAGGUGCGCGAACCGUCACACCACAUUCACUGGACAAGGUCAUUUGGUCGAAAGAGUAAUUUGGGGUGUUACCAACUUAGAAGGGGCUCCCUCACCUUUUACCUCGACGUUUUCAAUCCAUGUGUAGCGUCCACGUUAGUCAAUGUUGAGGUUCGCGACACGGAAAUUUUGAGUGACGUCGACAAUCCCGAAUAUCAAAAAGAAGAAUUGGGUUCUGUCAACGUCCGCACACCAAACAACGGCGAGCGGAAUGAUGGCUCAGUAGCGUGGGUUGCGGUCGGUCCUGCCGACGACAGUCUGCUGAUUCUCAUUGGACGUGUGAUCACGCGGAACCCAUG